AACGACACCAUAGCGUUAACAGAUGAUAGAUAUUCGUACAAAAUGGAUUCCACACAUAUUUUGUUGUUCUGUUUUCUUUUCAUCUAUUCUUGCUGCAAAAGGACUGGUUGCUUUAAAGUAAUGGAUGAAAAAAAUCUUGAAAAUGAAGAUUGUUUACCCGGAUAUCAUGGCCAAAAUUGUUCAGAGCAAUGUCGCUAUCCUAACUACGGAAAAUAUUGUCAGGGGUUCUGUGAAUGCAAAGAACAGUUUUGUGACAUCUCCACGGGGUGUUUUUCACCAGACGUUGGUUGCAGAAAUGGAUAUUUUGGUGACAGAUGUGUAAACAGAUGCCGAUAUCCGACCUACGGGAAAGACUGUCAGAAAGCGUGUCAGUGCAUCGAACCAAACUGCAAUUUCAUGACUGGAUGUUACGUUUCUACAGAUAUUAACCAGAGUUCUGGCUACUUAUACACAACCACGACGCAACACAACACGAUGCAACACAACGCCGAAAAAAGUUCUAUGGCAGUUAUUGUUGCUGUUUCUGUCUUGUCAUCCAUCUUUGUUUCAGCUUUUAUCACGCUUGUCAUCUGGCGACUAAAAAAAAGAGAUGUUAUAAAACGGAGAACAUCUCAAAAUAGUUCACCACUACGAGAGCAAAGACAAGUUUUCAUAGAUACGAAAAACGAGACCACAAAAAAUUACUGUUCCGGUGAUGAUUCUAGACCUAGUCACAAAUAUACUUCUUCAACGGAGGUUUCCACAGAUCUCUCGCAUCCAGGCUUUGAUCGUAAUGUGUUGCAGCGGGAAAGUAUCGCAAGCACUAUAAAAUUUGAUAUUAAUUCAUGUACGUAUGAGCCUGUUUUGUACGCUUUUUAGGAAGACAAAAUUGCAAAAGUUUGAAAUGCUUUAGAAAAAGUAUGGACAUGAUCAUUUGAAAAACUGUUGUUUUUUUCUGUUUUUAUAAUGUAAAAACCCAAAAUGAGGCAGUUGACUGUAAAAAUGAGCAUACCAUCUAAUACGAGAACUUUAAAUGUACAAGCCCCCCCCCCCUUGAAUUAUUAAAAAGUAACACAACAUCUGUUGGAUUUAUUUUACAUACAUCGUCCGCCUAAAUAUUGUUCGGUGAUAUAAUGUAGAUGGAAAAAAUAAUAAUUGCUGAAAACAUUGUAAAUAUUUACAAUUUUAUAAAAUGGUUCUCAAUAUAAAUAAUUAAUGUAGAACGAACCAUUCACAGUGGUUUAAACUCAUUAGGCAAUUCACAUUUGGUGCAUAUUUUAUUUUUGAGGUGCCAUCUUUUUGCUGGUUUCAUAUAUAUUGCAUACAAUUUUGACCAAAAUAAUGUUGUUCAUAUCUGUAAUUUAAGAGGAUUAGCAUAUUGGCACAUUUUUUAACAUCUUUUGUGAACAGAUUUUUGUCUGAUCCUCUACUUUUUUGUUUAUAGUUUUCUUUUUACAUUUUUCUUUAUGACAUAUUUUAACUCUCACAAGUGUUGAGUUCAUUUAUCAGAGUGUUGAGUUCAUUUAUCAGACAGCAAAAACAGAGCUGCGGUGAGGAUGUGCAGCAUUAGAAAACAUAAAUUAAUUUAAUGCUAUUAAAUAUAAUCGACACAUAAAUUAGCUUUUUAAAAAAAAAUCAUUGAUUUAUUUGGAUUUAAGUAAUAAAAUCUUGCUUAAAACAAACAUGACCUUUGUGAAUCAUCUCAUUCUACAAGUUUAUACAAAUUUAUAUAAGUUUGCUGUCAAAAGGGUAUCAUUCUAUAUAUAAACAUUCAAUAUUUUUGUUUAAAGCCAU